UCUGUUCAUAUCAUCAUCAUUUCAGGAUGUGUGUGGGGAGAAACACAUUUUAUCCUCACCGCAAGACAUCGUUGUACAAGUCUGCACACAUGUGUCGUCUCUGUUAUCUUUUCUUCUCAAUGCUCAUUCAAGUGUGUUCCAGCACCAACAUCGUCAUUGGUACGUUUGGGCAAAAUGUCACUUUGCCCUGUAGGUACAACACACACACUUAUGGAGUGCUGAAUUUUUGUUGGGUACGAGGAAAACUGCCAAGGUUUGGCUGCUCCAACACUCUUCUGGCCUCCCAGGAAGGGGCUUUGUAUUUUAGAUGGUCCCACAGAUACCAGCUGCUACACCGGGUCACAGACGGGGAUAUAUCCUUGACCAUCCUCCAUGCUCAGAGGAAUGAUGCUGGUCUGUAUGGCUGUAGGGUCGAGAUCCCAGGCUGGUUUAAUGACCAAAAAACGUACGCAAAAGUGGUCAUACUGGAAGAUAUAAUGACAACAACCACAGCUGACAGUCAUAGACAAGAUGGCCCAGUGAUGGAUUUUGUCAAAACUGAGGAAAGAUUCAAAGCCGCGCUCGAUGUGGGGAACAUUGGCAGGAUGGUAGCAAUUUUCUUCUUGGCCGUAGUCGUAAUCCUCGUCUUUAUUUACCGGAAAAACUUUGUGCUGAUGCAGACGUCUGAACGUGCAGAGACGGAUUAUGAAAGUGUCCAAAUGCCUGCGUGAUGUGCAGCACAUCAGAAAACGGAGGAGUCUAAUGGCUUGUGUGGGGAUUUGCAGACUGAACAAGUGUCUGCACGCUCUGUGUGUGUGUGUGUGUGUGUGUGUGUGUGUGUGUGUGUGUGUGUGUGUGUGUGUGUGUGUGUGUGUGUGUGUGUGUGUGUGUGUGUGUGUGUGUGUGUGUAUGGACCCUCUCAGAGGGAAAACUAUUGAACUCAUCUAUUGAUCAGUAAGACAAAAAUCACCACAUUCCACAGAAAAGCAGGUUAAAGGUCUAUUUUCAGAUAACAUCAAAAAGAGAAAAGGUUUUGUUUUGGCUGAGAAGCUG